AUGGGGGGGAAAGAGUUGCCUGGUAUUUUGAUCUCUGAAAUAGGAGGAGCAUUUGGUGUACUGGAAAGCCACGUGGAGUUCCUCAAGACACACUUUAAUCUCAUCACGAUGAAGGAACUUCAGAAAAGCAAGGAAGAGCUUCGUGAAAAGAUCAAGUCUAUUCUUGUAUUUGAAGGCAGACCCUUCAUUGACCGGGAGCUUCUUGAAAGCUUGCCAAACCUAAAGGUGGUUGGAAACUCAGGGGUAGGAGUGAAUCAUUUGGAUCUGAAACUGAUUUCUAGCUUUGGAUUAAAAAUAACCAAUACUCCACAUGCUGUUUCUGAUUCCACAGCAGACAUAGGCAUGGCUUUAAUGCUGGCCUCUGCCAGGAGACUCGUGGAAGGCUGUCACAUUGCAGUGUCUCCGCAGACCAAACAUUUCUGUGUUGACUGGUUGGGAGUAGAAGUCACCCGGGCCACCCUUGGUAUCAUUGGGAUGGGCAACAUUGGAUAUAAGGUGGCCAAGAGGGCGAAAGCUUUUGACAUGAACAUUCUGUAUCACAACAGGAACCGCAGAAAAGAGGAAGAAGAACGGGUAGUUGGCGCCACUUAUUGUAAAAGCAUAGAAGAGCUGCUCCAACUAUCGGACUUUGUGAUGCUGGUUGUGAACCUGACCUCGGAGACGCACAAGCUCAUUGGUAAAAAGGAGCUAGGACUGAUGAAGCCCACGGCUAUCCUCAUCAACAUUUGCAGAGGGGCAGUAAUUGAUCAAGAUGCUUUGGGAGAAGCACUACAAAAUGGGACAAUCAGGGCUGCGGCUUUGGAUGUGACAGACCCGGAACCAUUGCCAAGAGACCACCGGCUACUACAGUUGAAGAAUAUUAUUAUAACUCCUCACAUUGGAACUGCCACCAUGCAAGCCCUGUGCAUGAUGACAGAAGAAGCAGUAGAAAACAUUCUGGCUGUUCUGAACGAUCUUCCUAUUCCAAGUGAAGUGAAUCCCAAUUGAUUUUGGUAGAAAAUAUGACUAAUCAGUGGUCUAUUAG